GUUGGUGAAGCAAUCCGUGUUGCGGGUUUCGCAUAGCUGCACCUGCUUGUUAUUUUUUUUCUGUGCGCGGAAACUUCCCGUAAAAGCAUUCACCAUAGGGCUAUCCGAGACAGCCGUGAUGGAUAUAAUGGCCUCGAAUCUGCAGCAGCAACGAGCAAUCACCGAGCAGCUCCGGCGCGAAGCUGCCAUCCAGCGCAUCACGGUGUCGCAGGCCGUGGCGGACAUCGUGAAGUACGUGACGGAGCACCAGGCCGAAGACUGCCUGUUGGUCGGGUUCUCCAGCCAGAAGGUGAACCCGUUCCGCGAGAAGAGCUCCUGCAGCAUUCUGUAAGCUUGCCUGCACGAUGGAUGCUGCAGUACUCGUUAGUUUUGCCCCUAUUUUCGCUGGAAUGUAGGAAACAGAUCCAGCGGAAGGAACAGCUCUAUCGUCUCUAUGGCGCGAUGACGUCAUCCGGAAAAAGGAGGAUGAGGAGGUAGUAUAGGAAGCAUGCUCAAAAUUGUACCGCCAAGAUAAAUUGAUGUGUUAAGUGUCUAUUUGGAAAUGGAGUAACCGUGCCCUCCCCGGUAAAAUGCAACAAGAGAAACGCACACAACAAUCCCGUAAAUCAGCCUACAGCGAAUGUUGCUCGUACAACAGUUUGCGUGAGCAAAACAGGAAGCGCAACAGUUUGUUGCUUCGAAUGUCACCCGAUUACUCACAUCGCUAACACCAACCCCAUAUCUCAUCCCACUCCAACCUCAACGCUUCUCGUAGGAUAAUGUAAAGCAUAGAAAAGAACUCAACGCCAUCAAAUAAAUUAUACCACCCAAUAGUGUGGUAGAGUGGAAAUUGCAACCUCCUCGACACAGUCUGAUCAGAAAAUUCAAUCCAACCAUAUUUACCGUCACCACCGGAACCACCGCCUAUACAACCGUAUACAGGAGGAUGAUGGGUGUUUUUCUACCUGGGAGGAAUACGCCCGCUCGAAGACGGUGGGACACCUACCUACCCCAACUAGUACCGUGUUUUUAUAGAAAUUUUACUCCAGUACAGUAACCACCCGUGUCACCAAUCGCUAGAAAGGCAAAGUAGAAGAAAAAAGGGCAAAAUGCAUCUCUCUCUAUAUAUUGAAACUAACCAACAGACUGGAGUUUUCUCAGACGCUUCCAUUCGUUUUUAAAACCUACACGUAUACUGAAGGAUGGGGAUUGAAAGAAGGGAAUUGCUAAAGUGUUGCUACCACGCUUUCCUAUCCAUUUAUCAGAAAGCAGGAAUCUCAUUAGCCAACCAAAAACUCAACAAAAAAAAAGUAAACCAAAUAUUUAGAAAAACGUACGAAACAAAAACAAUACUUCUUCUUCCACCAGAACAAACCAAAAACAAAGGAGCAAACUAAACAUCAAUACUACAAGAAAUGGGUAAAGCAACACAGGACAAAUAAGGUAACCAUAACCACCACCACUUGCUCUCGGUUCAAAGGUGUAGUAGGCCAACAAUUAGACUUUAUAUAGCUGCUGACUGUCGUCGGUGUUGUACAAGUAUAUUAGGGAAAGAAAGCGCGUGGAAAAGCAAAAAUCAAUGUUACUACUAUAUUAUAUUUACCACACUACUGACACACUCACACAUACAUACACCACACCCAACAAAUCCGCCCGUUGGUUCCAGUGGCCGAUGGGGCGCGAUGUCACGCUCGUCCCCCUACCAGCAGCGUGUGUGGGGUGAUGUUAGCCAGGGCCCGGGGUGGUUUUUCCGACCGGUUUCUUCCCUACUGGCUAGCCAACACGCUAGCGAUCGAUUGUUGCGGAAUGGCUCGAAUCGCGGACGGCAGCGGCGCCGGGUGGGUAAUAUGUAAGCGUGCAACAAAAAAAAAAACUAAUAAACAGUGGACUAUUUAAAUGUGUCGUGUAAAAA